AUGCCCUUCAAGCUUCGACGCGCAUCGCCUUCCGAUGUCGAACAGCUUACCGAUGUCUUUUUUUCGGGUUUCCGCAAAGACGCUGUCAUGGCAUCGUGCUUCCCUGAAAAGCCCUCUGUCCGGCGCUUCUGGAUCAACGGCCUGAUGAAAGCUCUCUCCGAUCCGAGCGUCCACAUCGUGGCUGUUGUCGACACCGACGCCCCCGGAGAACCGAUAGUCGCUUACGCAAACUGGGUCAGUCCCACUACCACCGAUACAGAUACAGAGCAAGAUCAAGCUCAGCCAUUAUACCCUGACGAUGGGGACGAUAAGGAAUUGGCAGAAUUCUUCUUUCCCUUUCUCAAAGAGCAGCGAGCCAAAAACAUGGGUGGCAGAAAAUGCUGGUAUUUAGCAGCGUUGGUCUGCCACGAAGACCAUCAAGGAAAAGGUGCCGGAGGGAUGUUGAUGCGAUAUGGUUUGAAGCAGGCGGAUGACAUGAAUGCUGAUAUCUAUCUAGAAGCCAGUCCGCCUGGUGUACCUGUAUACAAACGCUUCGGCUUCAAAGAAAUUGAUCGGGUUGUUGUGUUAGACGGACAGUUCACCGAGCUGUUGAUGUUGCGCGAAUUUUCUGGAUAA